AUGGUCAAGCUCGGACGUACUGCGGUGCUUGGAUUCCUGCUACUGUCAGCCAUCUUGACGCUGGUUGUCUUCGUGUGGCUUCAUCAGGGUGGUGUCGGAGACUGUGGACCUGCGUACUUUCCAUGCCGGACAAACAAAAAAAACUCUAAGCUUCCAUUGACGAAGUCCACUGAAGCUCCGCCUCUCAUCCGGGAGUGCCCCGGCCAAUUGUUUCAGGCACCGCGUCUGCUGCACUUUUUGAAGGCCAGCGUUUCCGUUCCUGAUGAUGUCCUGCUGGAGCCAUACCUGCAGAGCUGGGAUCAGUUGAUUAUUUUCAUGGAGUCCCUUGGAUCUGUGGUCUCGUUCUUCUCUCAGAAGGUCAAUGAGAAAACUGACUUGAUCCGACAGCUGGCUCGUGCUCAGGAGCCGGACAGUAAGGUGAGAAGGUCAAGCCCGGCAUACCGCUCAGUGCGCUCGAUGGUGGAGGCGGAGCUCCGAGCAGGCACGGUGGACUUUUCCCGUCGCAGCGAUUCGGGCUGCAGGACGCUACUGCGUUUGCAUCGCUCGCUGCUGUGGCUUGCCCUGACGUUGGAUGGCCUGACCCAUGCACCCGACCGGCAUGGGCGCCUCAAGACCCCUGGCCAGAUCUGCAGGGACGCCUACCAGGUGGCACUGGCCCCCCACCACUCUUGGGUUCUUCGUCAAGCGGCGGAGCUAGUCUUCCUCGCCCUCCCUGACCGGGAGUACUUUCUCGAGCUGGUGUGCGCCCGGAGUCAGCAUGAAGCCGAGCCCGUGCUGCGUGUCAUGAUAAAUGCUCUCCAGAGGGUCCAUGGUACCACCCAGCGCAUCCUUCAAGAGCAUUCCAUGCUAGACCUGCCGUAA